AUGUGUAGAAGCAAGCCACGACGAUCCAAUAGAACAUUUGUAAAAUUUGCGUUUCCUAAAACUCUUAGAUCAAACUUACGUGAUCGUACUUUUUCAACUGGUCUUUGGAGUAGUCGACAUUACCGCUAUUAUAAAUGGUAUGGUCCUCAUCAAAUUUUUCUCUCAUUUAAUUCACGAUCAAUGACAGUAACUGGAUCUGGACAAGAUGAUAUUGGUAUUUUUGAUAUUGAAGGUAUCUAUUCAUAUAGAAAUCGUCGAAUUGGUCUCCGAAAAAUAUAUCGAUCGGACAAGUUUGAUGAAUUAACAAAGUCUGAACAUGAAAUAAUAAUUCAACUAAUUUGGAAUGAUAAAGCAAAACAAUUUCAAGGCAAAUGGUAUGACGACACGAAAUCAAGCAAAGAAAAAGGUGUCUUUGAGCUAACACAUGACGAUGAGCUAAGUCAAUGUGGAUUUGAAAAAGUUUGA